AUGGCCUCCACAGAUGCGCUUCAACUGCUGAGGGCAAGCAUUGCAGCCUCAAAGCCACCAGUCCUGACCACUUCUUCCGAUCCCACCACCGCCGAAACAACCAAAACUGAUUCUUUUGUCGAUGCAACUUCCCUCUUCUUCAGCUAUCCUACUCCCCUCUGUCUUCCACUGGACCAAAAGACACGUUUUAUCUCAACAAAUCCAGACACUGUCCCGGUUGACCUGCGAAGUAUCUUCUUCGCCUGGUUACAGAAAGAUGUCGCGGUUCCAGAAUACAUCGCUCUUGCCGCCGAGCUGGACAAACAACUUCCCGAGGGCCAAAAAGUGAGGAAUCUUAUUUUCGUCGAGCGUCUGGAUUUGAUCACCUGGUUGGAGGGUGCCUCGGAAGAUUCAGAGUACAUCAAACCAAUCGAGGGCGCGGCUGCGGUAGGAGAUGCUGCCAACAGAGCAGCUGACGUUGCUGGCGGUUCUGCUGUCCCAACUGUCGGAGGUGCUGGCGUCGGUGUUACUCAGAUGGUGGGAGGAAGACCUGUCAAGACAAUUGAUGCAAGACUACAAGCAAUCUACAAUGGUGAGCGGAGGUUGGGAGAUCAUAAUACCGCCUUGCGAGGAAUAAAGCCAACCGAUUUUUCACAUGUGCGCAAGCACGCCGAAACCUUCCUUGGCCGCCGCAAAGGAAUGCCACCUAAUGUGCGACCGGGCCAGCCGUCCAAGACCUCUCAACUUGCUGCACGACCUGCCGCUGGAUUAUCAAAACCAAUUGCUGGUGCAGUCUCUUCGAAGCGUUCAGACCCAAUCAUUCUUCUCUCACCGUCUGCUUCUUCACUACUACGAAUGUCAAAUAUCAAAGCAUUCCUAGACACCGGUCUCUAUGUGCCUCCAGACCACCCAACACUUUCCACACAAACCACUGCCAAUCUUCUGCACAUCACUCGAACACUCCACUCCUUGAGUGAGAAGCCAUACAGAUUCAUCCUGGUCGAUUCUCCAGAUCAAUUCAAACCAGACUACUGGUCUCGUGUCGUGGCCGUAUUUACUACAGGUCAGAUAUGGCAAUUCCGAGGCUACAAGUGGCGGGAACCACAGGAACUCUUUGGUCAUGUUUUGGGCAUCUUCGUGGGUGAGAAAGGCCUACCGAUACCCUCGGAAGUUAAAGGAUGGGGUAGUAGUGUCAAAUCAUAUUCUGUCGAACGGUGGGAUGAAAAAGGUCAUGGUGCUGGUGUGGAUCAGGCGCAACGUGCUUCAAAACGAUGGCGAGAUCGAGAGACUGUGGAGGAAGUCUGGCGUGCGAUUGAGUCUCACAUGAAAGGACGCGGUGAAUGGCGGAGAUGA